GUGCGUUCCCGGCUAGUUCCCGCAGUGCCUUGCGGCUGCCAUGGCUUCCCCCGGCUGGCAAGGGAUUGCGCUUCUUCGGACCGUCUUAGGGGUCUGGACGCGGGGCCCAGAGGCUGCGAGAGAGUGCGCGGCCCGGCUCCCCUCGCUCUUGGGCAGUCAUCGGAGGUGCAUUUCCUGUGUCGCGAGCCAGGCUUUCUCUGGUCCCCGCCUAGCCUCGGCUUCUCGCCCUAAUGGCCACAGCUCAGCCUUGGACUGCUUCCUCGGACUCUCUCAGCCCGAUAGUUCGUUGACUUUUCACGUCCCCGCCGUGUCCAUGCACAGAGAUGAGCAGAAUCUCCUCUUGGUCCACCGCCCUGACAUGCCUGAGAACCCCCGGGUCCUACGAGUAGUCAUCCUGGGUGCCCCAAAUGCAGGGAAGUCAACACUCUCCAACAAGCUGCUGGGCCGAAAAGUGUUCCCUGUCUCCAAGAAGGUGCACACCACUCGCAGCCAAGCUCUGGGGGUCAUCACAGAGAAAGAGGCCCAGGUGAUUCUACUUGAUACUCCUGGCCUCAUCAGCCCUGCUAAACAGAAAAGGCACCAUUUGGAGCCCUCUUUGUUGGAAGAUCCGUGGAAGAGCAUGGAAUCUGCUGAUCUGGUUGUGGUUCUUGUGGAUGUCUCGGACCAGUGGACUCGGAACCAGCUCAGCCCCCAGGUGCUCCAGUGCUUGACCCAGUUCUCCCAAGUGCCCAGCAUCCUUGUCAUGAACAAGGUGGAUCGCCUGAAGCAGAAGUCAGUUCUCCUGGAGCUCACGGCAGCCCUCACCGAAGGCGUGGUCGACGGCAAGCAGCUCACGGUGAGGCAGGCCUUGCGCUCACAGCGGGAUGCUCGUCGCCCCGGCCCAGCCGCUAAGGGCCCAGACACAGAGUCUGUGGGAGACCCUCGGAGGACUGGCUGGCCCCACUUCCAGGAGAUCUUUAUGUUGUCCGCUCUAAGCCAGGAGGAUGUGAAAAUACUAAAGCAAUACCUCCUGGCACAGGCCCGGCCCGGGCCCUGGGAGUUCCACAGUGGAGUUCUCACCAGCCAGACGCCUCAGGAGAUCUGCGCCAACAUCGUCCGAGAGAAGCUGCUAGAGUACCUGCCCCAGGAGGUGCCCUAUGGAGUGCAGCAGAAGACGAUGAUGUGGGAGGAAGGGCCAAGCGGGCAGCUGGUGAUUGAACAGAAGCUUCUGGUGCCCAAAGAAUCUCAUAUGAGGCUCCUGAUCGGUCCAAAGGGGCACUUGAUCUCCCAGAUUGCGCAGGAGGUGGGCCAAGACCUCAUGGACAUCUUCCUCUGUGAGGUUCAGCUCCGCCUGUCUGUGAAACUCCUCAAGUGACCACCGUCUGCUGUCUUUCCUGAAGUGUCCCUGCCCAAGAUGCUGGCGGGAGCCGCGGACCAGACCCGAACUGCCCCUGCCCGGGGCCCACAGGCUCUGGGGAGGGUCUUGGUCACUGGCUGACUGGCUGACUGCUGGCCUGGCCUGGCCGAGUCCGCACAGCACCUGCCCAGCUGUGCUGCCUGUUGGGGGAAGGAACCCACCUUAGCUCGGUUGCCAGGUGGUUCCUCUCCCUGGGGCUAGAGCUGCUGAGGUCUUAGAAGCUGGCCCUUUGGUGUGGGGGCAGGAGCGCUGUGGCACCGCUCCUGCCUGGCACUGGGCCGGUUUCUCCCAGGGUGCCGGUUGUUAGCUGAGGAGAUCCUUCCCCUCUCCCCUCAGUUCCUGCACCUCGCAGCUGUGUGAGGACCCAUGUGUCCCGAGUGAGAUUGUGCCGCCCACCCAGCCCUCUCUAAUAAAGUUAAAAGACAAGCA